CAGGCGAACAGUCCACCACAGCCAUGGCAGGCAGACCCGGAAAGAUCGUGCCCUUAUUCAUCGCGUCGAUCGGCAACCCGGCGCCGGCCUACGCAAACACACUGCACAGCGCGGGGCACACGGCGCUCGAGCAGAUCCGCGUAGUGCGGGGCUUUGCGCCGUUCCGGAAAGACAGCGCGGCGGGGGCGGCGGGGCGGGGCGGGCUGAUAUCGCGGCAGAGCGACCCGGUGGCGCCGGGCUUCAGCUGGCUGCCGGGGAUUCUGGCGCCGGGGUCGAGCAAGACGGAUCGGUUGGGGCGGGAGCCGGUGAAGGAGGGCGAGGAGGACUGGACGCUGUGGCAGAGCACCAGCUUGAUGAAUGUUAGUGGGAAGGGGCUUGGGCAGGCGUACGGCAAGUGGAAGAGGGCGAAUAAGGAGGGCCAGUUGGUUGUGCUGCAUGAUGAGUUGGAGAAGGCGUUGGGGAAGGCGACGUUUAGGAGGGGCGGGAGCGCGCGGUAAGUUUUUCUUCAUUUUCUCUUUUCUAUUCUUCUUCUACUGCUGCUUCUGCUUUCACUUCUUCAUUCUCCUGCGUCCGUCCGCUAGCCGUGUCCGCGGCGGUGGCGCCGUUUAUGAAAAAGAAAGAGAGAAAGAGAGAGGGAGAGAGAGAUGGAGGGACGGGGCCCAAGUGCUGACCAUUGUCUUUUUCUCCCCACGAGCAGCGGCCAUAACGGCCUCAAGAGCAUCAACGUCCAGCUGAGCAACAUGCCCUACGCGCGCAUCGGCCUCGGCAUCGGCCGCCCCG